UCAGCUAAGAGUGUCAGGGAAGUGUAGCCAUAGAGCAGUUACCCUCAGGGCACUACAGUCAUAAUAAAAAGGCCAGCUCAUUGAGCACUUAUUGAUACAGAUUUAGGGUGAUUUACACUGAUACUCCUCAUCAGAUACGCUCAGCAUUGUUCCCUCCUAAAAUUCCGCAAUGGCCGAGGUUACAAAGAUUGAACACCUAUCAGGAGAAUGGGAGAAUGAGCUGGGGUCUAUAAUGACUCUAAAGUUUGAGCCAACCAAUUCGGCGCUCAGUGGGACGUACAAAUCAAAUGUGGGAGAACAUCCGCAUGUCACUAAAGAACUCAAUGAACCAUUGGUGGGCUUCUACAACAUAAAGGAACCACAAAUGCCAACCAUCGCCUUCUGCAUUUCAUGGGGAAUUAUUGGGUCCUGUUCCGCUUUCACGGGGCAGUAUUUCAAUGAGAAUAACCAAGAGAUGAUUAAAACCACCUGGAUCCUGCGGUCGUCAGAGCCAUCUCGCGUUCAAGACUGGGAGGCCACAAGAGUUGGAACUGAUAUAUUCUUUAGGGUUGCUAAAUAAGGAACAAAAGAAGAGGGACAAAAGAAGAAAUUGAUGAAAUGUGACAGCACCGAAUUAAAUCAUUAAGGAAAUAAACAUAUUUUAACUGAAUGCAUGUGUCCAAUCAAUUUAAUAAUAAGGGCGAUUCCAGCGUUUUGGACAUUACAUUUUAAUGCAAAAUCACAACUUUAAUGUCUUGUAGAAAAGACAAAUCAAAUUAAAGUUUAUUUGUCACGUGCACCGAAUACAACAGUGAAAUGCUUACUUACAGGCCCUAGCCAACAGUUCAAUUUUUAAGUAAAAAAUAGGUAAUAGGUGAACAAUAGACAAGUAAAGAAAUAAAAAACAACAGUAAAAAGACAGUGAAAAAUAACAGUAGCGAGGCUAUAUACAGUAGCGAGGCUAUAACUGUCACGAAUCCAGCUUCCUGAGUCUGUGUUUGCCUGUGUUUCUGUCCUGGAGUGUGUUUCCGGUGUCCUGGAACGCACCCUGUCUGGUUGCCGGGCGAAUUAGCUUGUUGGGAGAUCGAUGUUCACCCGCACCUGUAUCCCAUCAGUAAUCUGCACACCUGUCCUGAUCAUCACCUCUCCCCUUCAAAAGCUCUGACCUGACAUCCAUUCCCUGCCGGAUCGUAGCCAUGAACAGUAUGUUGUGCCCACGAACCAGCCUCCAGUUUAUAGAGUUUGUUUUGUUUUAUUGUUUUGUACAUCUUGCUUGCCUUUAACUUACCGCCGUUUGUUUUGUCUACAGCCAUUCACCCGGAACCCAUACCCCAUCCCUGUCUGCUCGUCGCCAGUGUGUUGUUAUCCAUUGGAUCUGCCUAUCCACUCCCAUCAACCCACCUCCGCUGCCCGCUCCUCCACCCGGAACUAUCUACCUCCACGUUCUCAUUGAUUAAUAAAUAUUCACCAUCUUUAUA